CAGCUCUUAUUAUCGCAUAAAUAUUUUAUUCAGGAGUAGUGGGACAGUCUCCACACAUAAGAAAGAUGACAUGUUUUGUCACAGAAUAAUGCUCAAAAUUGAAAACAUAAAAACAAAUCAAUUCUGUCGUUGUGGUAAAGAAACACAGGCGGUCCACUCGGGAUUCAAAUUGUUUAUGCACCGGGAACGAGGGUUUCAGAAAAUGGAACAACGACUCACCGUUCGUAUAGUGGCAUUAAUGCGUCAUGGCCGCUAUGAAUGUUGCGAACUAUCUCCAAAUUGUAGAUAGAUCUUGGCGGUCAGCUAAUGGACAUACGUUGUCAGGGUAUUUGUCGAUUCGUCAUGAACAUGCAAAGCAGCGGAAUUUUCAUAUCGACAGUCCAGAAAACAUUGUCUGCAAAUUCCUACAAGGGCCUCUUGAAGAGCUAGUAAUUUUCCAUUUAAAGUGUUUGUAUGGGAUUAGUGUUGGAGAUCUCCUGACUGCUUAUCAAUCGCAAACUUGCCUUGUUCAAACGUUUAUAAAACUACUACAAGCACAAAAAGAUGAAAAUUGGUGUUUGCCUGUGAUGUACUCAGUUUGUUCAGAUUUGAGGCUAAUUGCCCAACAGGCAGAAAAGCAACGUACUGGUGCAACAGAAAAACCUGGAGAAUAUUUAGAAAAAGCUGCGGAAUGCUUAUUGGCAUGCUUCAGAAUUUGUGCUGCAGAUAACAGAACUGAUGACCGGGAUACGAAACGUAAAGGAAUGAUGGGCCUGGUUAAUCAACUUUUUAAAGUUUACUUCAGAAUUAAUAAACUUCAUCUUUGCAAACCUUUAAUUAGGGCUAUAGAAUCUAGUCCAUUUAAAGACUCCUUUUCAUUAAGCCAGCAGAUUACCUAUCGUUAUUUUGUGGGCCGAAAAGCUAUGUUUGAUAGUGACUACAAAGCAGCUGAUAAAUAUUUAAGCUAUGCUUUUGAAAAUUGUCACAAACUGUCCCGAAAAAAUAAAAGACUAAUCUUAAUUUACCUUGUUCCUGUAAAGAUGCUUUUGGGUUAUAUUCCGAGUAGGAACGUUUUGGAAAAGUAUGACGUUUUGGAAUUUUCCGGCCUAGUUGAUGCUGUCUGCCAAGGCAAUUUAAAAAUCUUUGACGAAAUCAUGGAUUACCAUGAGUCGUUUUUUAUUGACAGUGGUAUCUAUCUCAUUGUGGAUAAAUUGAAAAUUAUUGCGUAUAGAAAUCUCUUCAAAAAAGUGUAUUUGAUCUUGAACAAACAUCAGAUUCCGGUAGAGUCGUUGCAGACUGCUUUGGAAUUUCUCAACCAAGAUGUUGACUUAGAUGAAACAGAAUGUAUUGUUGCCAAUUUAAUUAAUGAAGGAAAAAUUAAAGGCUAUAUAUCUCAUCAACAUAGAAAAGUUGUCGUUAGCAAACAAAAUCCUUUUCCAUCACUUACAUCAACGUAGACGGUUGUAGAUUUAAUAUUUAAGGUACGUUUUGAUUUGUAUCAUUGUAUUAUUUAAGAACUUUAUUGUUUGUAUCAUGAUGAUAAACGAUUUAUUUACUA